AUGUCAGCAACUCCGAUGUCAUCAGGCUUAAACCAUUCAGGUGCUCCUAUUGAGUUAGCGUGGUCAUCCCAGCGACCUGAGUUGCGCGAUGAGAAAGAAGAUUGGAUGGGUGUGACGAAUCCAGUUGAAAGGCGAAAAUUACAGAACCGCUUGAAUCAGCGUGCACGGAGAAACCGCGCACAAAAGAACAGCGCCAUCUUCAAACAGCCCCACAGCAUCGUUGUGCCAGACGAGAUCCACGAGAGCGAUGCAUCAGGACGUGAAGGCAGUUGCAGCACAUCUGACGCAUCUCGGGAUGACUCUAGCGAGCCGAAUGGCACGAUAACACGUAAGUCGUGCAUGGCUGCUCAUCCCAAGGUGAAGGAGCUUAUGCAACGCUUCUCCGAACAUGCGUACGCCAGCUACAUGCAAGGUACACCCGCCUUGUCACACUUGCCGCUGCUUCUCAAGUACAAUGUCGCCAGUGGCCUCGCGCGGAAUGCAGAAAUUCUAGGAGUCACUGCACAAUACUAUGAUUGGUAUGGUAUCUCGCCGCUUAACAAGCAGGGUCCACUCUUAGGUUCGGGAGCAGGGGCAGAAUGGCCUGCAUGCCUACAACCCACUGAGUUACAACGUUCCAUUGAGCACCAUCCUUGGCUUGAUCUAUUCCCAUGGCCAAAAGUGCGCAACAACAUGCUCCAGGCGUUCCAGCGUACAGAGCUCGUCGACUACGAAGACGAGCUAUGUAUCGAUAUCUGCGAAUACAACCAUCUAGAUCGCAAACCGAUACUGAUCGUAUGGGGGCCUCCCGAAGAUCAUCGCAGUUGGGAGAUCGAUCUGAUCUUUCUGGAGAAAUGGGGCUGGCUGCUCAGUGGAUGCCCUGAAGUGUACGAAACGACAAACUACUGGCGAGCAACACGAGGCGAGAAGCCGCUUACGCCACAACAGUGGCAUAACACGAUACGAAGAAGCUUGCCGGAGCAGUUCCACUAG